AUGAAUAUCCAAUUGAAUUGUGCCGGCUAUCUUGUACAACGAGAAAGAACGGGUGAAUGCACAAGGACCUAUUCAACACUUUGUUUACUUUCAAAAGGUGUCCUGCUAGGCGUCUUGAAUGUUGGAAGGAAUUCAUCAUAUAAAAACGAUAGUAAACGUAUACGACGAGCUAUUCUAGAUUGUUUCUUCUCAUCAUCCGACAUGCGCACAAGACACACUGCAUCAGCGGUUGGAAACAAUAAGACGGCAUCGAACGCCACUCACGUGCUCAUACAAACCAACGAAGACUUAGUGCUUGGCACUCUGAGCCAGGUGGAACAUCAUGGGAAAGAGAAUCUUAAUAUAGGUGUGACUACGACUCUCAUUAAUGGUCGAAAACGCACCCGUGGUACGGUUAUUUGUCUUGGAACUGCGGCGCAAUGUGAACAAACUCGAAAAACGAUUUCACAUUCUUUCUCAAACAGUGCAACUAAGCCGGUCAUACCAUCAGGAUCUGUCUGCGGCAGUCCGGAGAAUUCUCGAAGUCUUAUCAAACGAAAUCAACAGCUACCAAAUCGAACAACGACUGCGACAAUACCAUCUAGCAAAUCGAAAGUGGUUCAUGAUCGACAACAAGAUAUACGAUCGAGGUCACCGUCUAAUUCUGCUGAAUUGCGAAAGAUUCAUCGUGCUGCUCUGAAAACACGGACGACAGAGGAACUCGCGGAGAAAGCUGAUCUUGACACGUAUCAACAGCUUGUCGCCCAGUUAUCGACACGAAAAGAGAGCAAAAGACCGAAUUUCGAACAGAAGAAACGAGUCUUACCAAAAGCAACACCUCUCAGAAGUCCUGUCACAAGCACUCCGAUGGCCGCUGCAGCCUCGUCUGUAACUACGGAAGGAAUUGAAUCAUACAGUGACGAAACAGAUGGGGAGGAAGAAGUAGAAGCAGCACAGUUUAUCGACGAAGAUUACUCUACAAAUGAAUUGAUUCAGGAACAGAGGAAGACAAACAAACGAAAAGGCUUCGAAGAAGAGCAGGUUGUUGAGGCGAAAAGACAUUAUAUCAACAAAAGCUCAAAUCAAGGUGUACGAAUAGAUCUGAACUCAACAGUGAGAACAACGAACAUGGUGAAGAAAAGAAAACAGUCAGGACCGACUGUCGCUUCGUUGACUCGUCAAACAGAGAUCCUGAAGGACCAAUUGGAAGCAAACCAACGUGAAACGUUUGCUCUUCCAACUGGCGACGCCGCAGCAUUCAUUCUGAAUCUCGCUGAUAAGCUUCGGUCAAAAGGAGCUCAUGGUGGUCUGAUCGACGCGGAAGAAGCUGAGAGUAUUGGUGAGCGGCUUGCUAACAUAAGUGAUCUGCUUGGUGUCAGUGACGCUGAUCUCGAAACUACACGACAUCUUACCGAUAUUACCAAGACGGCUCGGCAAGUGACCAAACUGGUUUAUCCCGAUGUUGCUGAACGACAGAAGAUGAGAAUCUCUACCAUGGACAAGAAAAUUAUGCAAGCAAUUAUAGACUAUGCUCGAAUAAGCCACCCUUUCGCUUCAAAUAACGUUGAUUUGCGUGGACAUAUUGGUAACGUAUUUGCCUCGGAUCGAAAGAAAUUGAUUGAUCGUGGUGAAGCACACUGGCCCACUGAUCUGGGUGACGGCAACGCGUUCACUGAUGAAGAACUCAACGAGGAUAAUGAAGACGACGAUUAA